GACCCCAUCAUCUUCGCCUUCUUCGAUCACCGACCAUCAGCGAAAACAGCGUGUUUGCGGCGAGUCAAGUUCUCGGUCUGCAGGAAAAAAUCGUAAAAUCUCGGGCAUUCCGUCGUCGUUUCGUUCCGGUUCCACGCGAAAAGUGCACUUUACCCAGCCAGGAUGGUCGUGAAGCCAGCGGCACGCGGUGCCAAGCCCGUCGGACAGGCCUACAAGGACAAGAGCAAACCGGCUGACAUCCGCCAGAGCAACAUCAACGCGGCCAAGGCCGUUUCCGAUGCGAUCCGCACGAGUCUGGGACCGCGCGGCAUGGACAAAAUGAUCCAGGCCGGCAACGGUGAGGUCACGAUCACCAACGACGGAGCCACCAUCCUGAAGCAGAUGAACGUGAUCCACCCGGCGGCCAAGAUGCUGGUCGAGCUGAGCCGUGCCCAGGACGUGGAGGCCGGAGACGGCACCACGUCGGUGGUGGUCGUGGCCGGAGCUCUGCUGGAGGCGGCCGAGAAGCUGCUCCAGAUGGGAAUCCACCCAACGGCGAUUUCCGACGCGUUCCAGCGCUGCUCGGCCAAGGCCGUGGAGAUUUUGAACGACAUGUCGCAGCCGAUCGAGCUGACCGAUCGCGAAACGUUGAUCAAGAGCGCGUCGACGUCGCUGAACUCGAAGGUCGUGUCGCAGCACAGCAGCCAGCUGGCCCCGAUCGCCGUGGAUGCCGUGCUGAAGGUCACCGAAGCCGGACUCGAGGCCGGUUGUGAUCUGAAGAACAUCAAAACCAUCCGCAGCCUGGGAGGAACCAUCGAGGACACCGAACUGAUCGAUGGGCUCGUGUUUACGCAGCGCUCGAGCGGAGUCAACGGACCGAAGCGGCUGGAGAAGGCCAAGAUCGGUCUGAUUCAGUUCUGCAUCUCGGCGCCCAAAACCGACAUGGACCACAGUGUCAUCGUGUCGGAUUACGCCGCGAUGGAUCGUGUCCUGAAGGAGGAACGCGCCUACAUCCUGAACAUUGUGAAGCAGAUCAAAAAGUCCGGCUGCAACGUGCUACUGGUCCAGAAGUCGAUCCUGCGUGAUGCCGUGUCCGACCUGGCCAUGCACUUCCUGGACAAGAUCAAGGUGAUGGUCGUGAAGGACAUCGAGCGUGAAGACAUCGAGUUUGUGUGCAAAACGCUCAACUGUCGUCCGAUUGCCUCGCUGGACCACUUCUUGCCGGAACAUUUGGUCAGCGCCGACCUCGUUGAGGAAGUCGCCAGCGGAAGCACCAAGUUCGUCAAGGUCACCGGCAUCCAGAACCAGGGCAAAACCGUUUCAAUCGUUGUUCGUGGAUCGAACAAACUGGUCCUAGAGGAAGCUGACCGUUCGCUGCAUGACGCGCUGUGCGUGGUCCGUUGCCUGGUCAAGAAGCGUGCCCAGAUCGCUGGAGGUGGCGCUCCGGAAAUCGAAAUGGCCCUCGCCCUGGCCGCCCACGCGCAAACCCUCGAGGGAGUCGAUGCGUACUGUUUCCGUGCGUACGCGAAUGCGCUCGAAGUUAUUCCGUCGACGUUGGCCGAAAACGCCGGGUUGAACCCGAUUGCCACCGUCACGGAACUGCGCAACCGUCACGCCCAGGGUGAGAAGAAUGCCGGAAUCAACGUGCGCAAGGGCGCCAUCACGGACAUUCUGGCGGAGAACGUGGUGCAGCCGCUGCUCGUUUCGACCUCGUCGAUUACGCUGGCCACCGAAACGGUGCGGUCGAUUCUGAAGAUUGACGACAUUGUCAAUACCAUGCAGUAAAUUAAAAAAAGUGGUGAAAUUUAACUUUACUAACUUAACCCAGCUGCUUUCUUCAGAACUCACUCUUAUUUUUAGAAAGCUCGUUGCCCCCUUGAUUCAUGUUCAUUUCACACCAAAAGCGAGAAAAAAAGCUGUUUUUGCUUCCUUUGCGUCAUAUUGCACGAUAUCACUUAAGUGUGUACUAACGCCCUAACAUUUCUUCAAUAAAAUUACACAUACACAUUAAAAAA